AUUAUCCUGAGUUGUUGCUAUUAAAAGGUGCAUUAAAAAGGGAGUUUUCGCCUUGAAUCAGAGACCAAACAUUGUAAAUUGUUGUCUCAGCGUAUUUGACUCAGGGCAAUUACGAGGAUCAUCAUGCAUUUGCGCCUCUGUAUUAUAUUAGGACUAAUUAAUUUUGUAGUUUUAGGUAAUUCCUUAAGAACAAAAGACAAAAUUUACAGUAAUUUAAAGGGAACGAGUUGUUUUCGACGGUUAAAUGGCACUCAUUCUACAGGAUGUUCAUCUAAAUUUGGAGGAUCUACAGGAGUGUUACAUUUAGUGCAAAGCGAUAAUGACUUAGAAUUUUUAUUUGGAAAGCCUCCAUCUCCGCCGUACAUUCCCGUUAUUGUUCCUCGACUUUUCACACGAGAGAAUAUCUUGAAGCUAAAAGACCUUGGCUCGACAAUCGUCAGCGGUAUUGUUCUCAUCAACAACAGAACAUUGUUGGAAACCUUUAGUCACGAAUCCAAGUGCCCAAAUCAAUUUGGAGGCCUUUUGCAGAAACAAACGUGUGACGCUACAGAUCCCAAAAAUAGUUGGAAUCCAUAUGGCACAGAUUUAAUGAACGAAGAUUUUCCAUUUCCAAUAUACUUUGUGAUAGAGCCUGAAGAAAUAGCAAAAUUAGUUGAGUGUUACGUCAAAUUCAAUAGUUUCGAUAUGGAACAUCAACGUGAUCGUUCAUUAUGUAGUGUCGAAAUAAAUACCCUUAUGUCAGCAGCUGGAAGUUCAGAGACUUGUGUGCGACGUACAAGUAUGAUACGGAAUUUGCAACCGACGAGAUAUUGUGAUCCGUUGCAGGGAAAAAAUGUGUAUGCGACACUCUUUGAACGCGAAACAGUCGAAGAUGGCGAACAAACAGUCGAUCUUGCGGAAAAGUUCAUCCUUGUAUCAACUCGAAUAGAUACGAGUUCGUUGUUUGAUGAAUUUUAUUUGGGAGCAAUGAGUAGUUUGGUGCCCUUUGCGACAGUUGUCGGCGUUGCGCAAUAUUUAAACAAAGUUUUGACACCUAAAAGAGAUGAAAAUAUCAAGUAUAAUGUGCUUUUCGUGAUGUUCAAUGGCGAAUCAUUCGACUAUAUUGGAUCUCAAAAGUUUGUUUAUGACAUGGAACAAAAUCUUUUUCCCAAUAAUAGUACUCUCAAGAACAAAAUUACAAUGGAAAACAUUGAAUUUAUGAUAGACAUUGGAACACUUGAUGAUUUGUCAACAAUUAACGUAUUCCAUCCAACAGACUUCGAUCAAGCGAAACAUUUGGUAACAAACAUCAAUGCAUACAACAACGUGUACAACUUUGGAAUCCAAGCAACAGAUAAAUUACAAGAUAAUUUACCUCCAUUUUCGGCACAAACGUUCCUUCGAGCUAACAAUUCAUUCCCUGCGAUGAUUCUCAUGAGUGAACCGAAGAACAAAUAUUACCAAUCAAUUUACGACGAUUACAGAAACUUGAAUUACACGUAUCUCAAUCUUACGAAUGAAGAUUUUAUGGAAUUAGAAGAUCUCGAUACACCGACUGUCGAUAAUAUUCAAUACAAAAUCCGAAAUAUGUCAACAAUUCUCGGAAUGGUUCUCUAUGAAAUGAUAACAGGACAAGAUUUGUCUCCAGAUUUUCGUAAACAAGGCGUUAAUGUUGCCUUGAUAGAUGAAUUUUUGUAUUGUUUCUUGAAAUCGAGUAACUGUACGAUGUUUAAAGCUGUGUCGAAAUUCAAGGAAGAUGCGUUGCCAAUUUAUCCUCCAAAUCGAUACAUUGGCGUAAGUACGGGAAAAGAAGCAACAUUUUGGACAUCUCAAAUCAUGGGAUUUGUGUUGGGUAAAAAAGUUUCGAAUACGAAAGAAGAUUGUCAAAAUUUGCCCUUGCAAUGGUUCAACGGAAUAGAUGGGAAAGGAGAAUGUAAAUUGACGACACAUAAUGUAUCAACUGCUAUUAGUCCUGCAUUCCUUAUUGAUGAUUACGAUUGGAAAUCUCACAAAUAUUCAACAUGGACCGAGUCAACAUGGAGCGAAAUUUCCGCUCGUAUUUUCCUUCGCCCAUCAACAACGCACGAAGCAUUCAGUUUUUCUGUAGGCUUGAUCGUCAUGACAAUAUCAUUUAUAUUAGUGUUUUUAAUUAACAGUCGGAGUGAUAUAUUAUUUGCGGAUAGUACUUCGACAACACCGAUUGCGCCUCCUGCAAGUUGUUGAAAUAGAUAACCGUUGUGUGACAUCAUUAUCAGAAUUCCCUUAAACUUAGAGCAAAUCCCUUAAUUUAAAAGUAAUAUUUAACAAGACUGCCGUGAUUUCAUUUUUUUUUUGUUUCUGGAAUACCCAGUUUUUGUGAUUAUGAUCAGAUCAUGCUUGUAAUUAUUUUACUAAAUAAUAAAAAAAAUAUCUUAAAAAUUAUUAAUUUAAUGAAUAAAUAAAAGCAUUCUCUUUAACACCAUAUUCAUUUUUUUCGUUCAA